UAGUAAAUGCGAAGCCCAAGUGUAGAACACGCACACCAACAAAGCAGUGAAAGUGAAGUCAAUGAUCUGUAGUUGGCGGUGCGGUGUGAGGAUUGUGAUUUGAUUUGUUUUGUUUUGUUUUGUUAGUUCAUCCAUCCAUCCAUUCUCUCUCUCUCACUCACACACACACACACAUACACACACGCAUAAACACGCCCCACUUGUGUCACUCAAUGCGUCUUCGCUUUUUCUAUUACUGCUUCAUCUCUUUCCUCUACUUCACUCUCCUUUUAUCUUUUUCCUCUUUACUAAAACUCAAUCAAUUUUCUUACCAUACGUUUACACUCCGAUUCUGAUUCCGAUUCCGAUUUCCCGCCUGCAUGCAUUUUCUCCCUCUUUCACGGAGAUUCUUCAAUUACACGACACCUCUUUUGAGUUUAGGGUUUCACUCAAAUCAAUUCCCAUGGCUAUCAGAGGCGUCGAUUUCAAAUGGUACGAUGGCUUUUUCUUGUCCAUGCUCGCCACCAGCGUAGUUAUUGUUGCAAUCAAUUGGAAACGGUACCAUUCUUGUGCAUACCCCUUGCACAUAUGGAUUGUCGUGGACUACACUGCUGUGUUUGUUUUCCGUCUCUUGAUGUUUGUCGAUAAUGGGUUUGCUGCGGGAAUGGGUUUAGAUUUUGGGUGGCAGCAGAGAUAUGCUCGUUUCUGUGGAAGAGUAGCUGUCCUUUCAAUUCUUGCAUUGCUUCUCUAUCCAUUUCUUUGGGCUUGGACUAUAAUUGGUACCAUGUGGUACAGCAACGCCAAGAACUGUUUGCCUGAACAGGGACAGAAAUGGGGAUUCCUCAUCUGGUUACUUUUCAGUUAUUGUGGACUUCUUUGCAUUGCUUGCUUGUCAGUGGGGAAGUGGUUGACUAGACGACAAGCACACUUAGUUCGUGCCCAACAGGGUAUCCCUGUAUCUGAAUACGGGGUUUUGGUUGAUAUGAUCCGCGUGCCUGAUUGGGCAUUUGAAGCUGCAGGUCAAGAAACAAGGGGCAUGGGCCAAGAUGCUGCUGCAUAUCAGCCCGGACUUUACCUAACACCAGCUCAGAGAGAAGCUGUUGAAGCUUUAAUUCAGGAACUACCGAAGUUCAGGUUAAAGGCUGUUCCUACUGAUUGCAGCGAAUGCCCCAUCUGCUUAGAAGAGUUCCGUGUUGGGAAUGAGGUCCGUGGCUUGCCUUGUGCGCACAAUUUUCAUGUUGAAUGCAUUGACGAGUGGCUUAGGCUGAAUGUGAAAUGUCCUCGGUGCCGUUGCUCAGUGUUUCCAAAUCUUGAUCUUAGUGCCCUGUCCAAUCUUCGUCCUGAUUCUGAACGAUCUUCUGCCAGUGUUGUGACAACAACUAGAUAUGUGAGAGGCCAACCUUCUAGUCAAAGUUAUCUGUUAAGGUUACAGGGUCUUCUCCGUCCAGUGCGUUCUGGAAUUGCAGGGCCAGUUGGAGACACAGAUAUUGCUUUGCAAAAUGCUGAGAACGGUGUUGUACCUAUUGUGACACAAAAUGCACCAAACAGAGACCAGGUCUCUUCUGUGGUAUGCAUGCCUGUUAGCAUUUCCUCUGCACAGAGUUAGAUUACGUUGUUUCAGAACUUCCGAUAUAUUUCUAACUCAUUCUAGAGGUGAAAGAAUGCAUAUCCACAUCUGGGCUGUGUAAAAAUGGUUCACAUUCUAACAUGAAAAUUUACAUUGAUCCAUGAAGAAAUGGGUCAGUUUCUUUGUUUGGGGAAUCUUGGAGUGGCAUAAUAGCACUUGGAAAAUCAAGGUAUACCUUUUUUGCUUGACUAACAUAGAUUAGAACUGCACAUGUGUAAUUGUCUUUUAUGUUUAAUAGUGUAAAAAGAGUUCAAAAUUCUAAUCAUAUAUGUUUUACUUUUUUUUUGCC